AUGCUGGCAAAAUCAGUGGGACAGUUCAAGUUGACCGGAUUGGUAUACUUAGAUAGCGGCACAAAGAAGUCCGUAGAUGCUACAUCAAAAAUGAUUGCUGAUCUAUUUUCAAGUAUUCUUUCGAAUUCUAGGUGGCUUCCCAUUGCCGAAAUGUCAGAUACGCUCAAUAAGACACUUACGAGGGAUGAGCAGGCGCACUAUCCAUUCGGAUGUCGUGUAGAAACGGGAUCUGUUAUAGAAAAACGAAGGAUUCCCAAACGAAGAAAGAAGAAAAGGGGAAGGAAGAAACAAAAGCCAAAAUUUGUGAUUGUGACAAAAUCUGUUCCCGUGUUCAGAGCUUACUGUCUAGCUAUAACCAAGAAUUUCAUGGAACUCUUUGCUCAGUUUGUGGAUUCCGUCAACGGGGAUCUGAAAGAAAUAACAGAUGCAGUUCAGAAAAUUAAGAGUAAGAUGGAGUGAAC